CCUCCUCCUCCUCCUCCUCCUCCCUCCUCGAAGCCCGACCAGCCUCCUGGACCCUUUCGUCUUGGGGCAGAUGAACCCUCAGUGCUCCUUCCCUUCCUUUGCCCGUCCUUGACACGCUUCUGUCUCCGCGUCUAGUCAACUACUCUCCUUCUGGUCUGGUCUGCACGAAACCAUCUCGUCACCUCCCAAUCGCUAUCUUCCACUCCUAUAGAACAUAGAGACUCCCCCCUCUCUCCCUCCUCUUCCUCCUACUCGUCCUCGACGCGACCAGAUAGGUCUCCAAUUGAUCUGUGGGAUCUUUAACUCAAUCCCUCUGCAGCUUCUCGAGUGACAUAAUCUUAAUUACUUUAGCUUCGUCCCAGACGUGUACGACGCGAAGGACAAGUCUGUCAGCAUGGAGUCUUCGCCGCCAAGGGGCAGUACGGCUGCUCCUGUGGCAGGUAUCAAGCGUCCGGCGGCCCUAUUGCCUGCUUUCGAGCCAUUGAGCUCGUCCCCGUCGCUGCCCCGACCACAGAAGCGUGUAGCACGCGAAGACCAUGGCAUCGUUUCCACCUAUCCCACUCCGGUCCCGACCUCGUCGACCCAUAUCAUGUCCUCCUCCCCUCCCCGAAUGGCUCUGCCGCGUCCGGCCUCUCGACGUACAUUUACAUCGACCUCGGAACGGACCCCUCUGUCUACCGUCCCCGAAUUGAUGCUGCCGGAGAGUGGUGAACCAGUCUUGAUGGGUAGAUCCAGUGCCUCGUGCCAUCACCAACUUGCGGCCAACCGGAUGAUUUCAAGGGUCCAUGUCAAAGCCCGAUAUAAGCCGGCCCCUAACCCGUUCGACCGUGAUACGGUGGAGAUUAUGUGUCUAGGUUGGAACGGAAUCAAGUUACACUGCCAGGGGAAAACCUACGACUUGGGCAAGGGCAAGACUUUCACCUCGGAUAUCAAGGACGCUGACAUCAUGAUCGACGUCCACGAGGCUCGCGUGCUCGUCCAGUGGCCUCGGAAUGAUAAGAAGGACUAUACCUCCACCGAUUCGGAGCAGACCUGGGAAGAGGAAACCACGCCUAAACAACGCAAGGGACAAUCAAUUCGGAGUAUUCAUGACAGCCCUGCGGUCGAACGCCAACGUCUGGCAUCCCCGGUCUCACCCUCGCCUGCCGUAAAGGCUCUGGUGCCGCCAUCCUCCCCUCUGUAUACCCCGACACGCUCGCGGAACGCUGUGGUUGUGUACGAAGAUGAGGGCUCGCCUGUUCGCCGCCCCGUAUCCCCCGGGUCGUUGCUUGCCGAUGAUACCCAGACGUCGUCUUCCAGUGUGGAGGACCUCCUGCAGAGCUCACAGUCGAGUGAUCUGAGCGACCUGAGUAGACAUGAUGACUUUUCGGAUCACGACGAGGAGAAUGACCCUAUCAUUCAUUCUUUUGGACCGUUCGGCGAGAACCUCCUACCCCGGAUGGCAUCUUUCACAGCGGACGAGUCCCCACUGCAACCUGCUCGUCCACGCAAUCAGCUCUCGUCCCAGGGCCUUGAGCACGCCAAAUCCCCGAAACAACCAACCAAGACCGUAGAGUCCGCUGCCGAUGACGGUAAUGGGGAGGAGGCCACACCGGUCAAGCCACAGCCGCUUGAUGAAAGCGGUGAACGCGUUCAGAACCACGCUGUCAACCAGCUGGCCUUCUCCCGUCUUUCCUCGACGCCCUUCUCUACCAUUCUCAACAACCUCCCUCCAGCCCUAUGGAAGCGGGACAGUCACUCGAGACAGGGACCUACGAGAGAAGAGAUCCGUGCGAUUCUGGACACCACGAAGUGCAUUGGCAAAGUUGCUCGUGAGGGAAAGGAUGCCGCGGGGAAGGCUCUGGAGAGUGAAUACUACUAUAUCCCGGACUUUGAUGAGGACGAUAUGCGACGGGAGGCCGUGGUUCAUGAUCUCCGGAAACCCGGCCUCCGGAAUUGCCGCAAGCAGCACAAGCAAUACUUCUGGCGCAAGCCGAAAUAAAUAAGAAAGAAUCAUACAUUAUCUAAGAAUACUUUCCUUCUUUGAUUUCCUGGUACAUAUCUUGCUCUGCUUCUUUCCCCCCACCCUCUUCCCCCUGUUUUUUUGUUUCUGUACAAGGACUCGCAUAGCGUUGGCGUGGGCAUACCCUGUUUAUUUUAUGUUUGAUGAAGGUGUAUGAUGACGGCGGUUUUUCUUUUUCUUUCUUUUCCUUUGUCUUCUGUUUGGUGCUGUGUGUGGAUGUUGAUGGUCCCGCCCAACCGUUGAGGAAUAGCCUGUGUGGUUCUUGUGAUGGAUGGAUGACUUUUUGAGACGUCAGGAUUCAAACGGUCUUUCCAUUGUUUUGGCAACGUCAACGUUCUCUGUGGUGUGGUUCUGUCUCUUUUUUGUUCGCAUCCAGACACCAUGCUAUCCUCUGAUGACUUGUAUGUUACAUUAAAGGUUUCU